UUCAAGACAUUUUACUUAAAUUUAACUAAUUCUACAUUUUCUACUGCAUUUCCUUUGCUGACGUGUCACUUGCCCCACUUUUAACUUCACAAUAAAAACAACUUCAAUUCCGCCAUUUUUAACUUCUUCGAUUUCUCUCUAAAAAAUGGCUGCAAAACCACCAGAACUUCACCACCUUCCUCAAUCAGGUUUGGGUCCCACACUUGCUCCUACAUCAUAUUCUACAUCUCUAUACAUUCACCAAUCUCCACCGUCUAAAUCACCCAUCGAUUUCAGCCCACCGUUGAUCGCAAUGGUAGUCGUUGCUGCGGCGGCUUUCCUCUUCAUCACAUACUCUCGCUUUAUUUCCCGCUACCUUUUCCCGCCAUUUCUCCACUUCAUCCGUCGUCACCGUCGCCGUCGAAGAUUCUUCCCCCCGUUAGAGCUUGGCUCUCCUCCCCCUUACGAAUCUUCUGAUGGUUUUUAUGUUUAUUCCCCUUACGGCUUAGACGAAUCCGUGAUCAAGAACAUACCUCUUACUAUAUACAAGUUCCCGACGAAAUUAGGGUUUAUUGAAGUUGAUGGAUUCAAUGAUUGUGCUGUUUGUUUACUUGAAUUUGAGGAAGGAGAAAGUAUACGUACUUUACCUCAUUGCUGUCAUUCAUUUCAUGUUGAUUGUAUCGAUAUGUGGCUUCGAUCUCACGCCACGUGUCCGCUUUGUCGUGCCGGGGUUUAUUUACCUCCGCCGUUGGAUUCACCGUUGUCUCCAAUCAUGGCGUCGAGAAUUCGGCCGAGUUUCGACGAAGGAAUUCUCCUUGAAAGCAUGUUUCUAGAACCUUUACCGGAAGUUGAGAAUCCUUGUGAAAUUCAGGAGAUAUUCUCUCCUGAAAAUUGCGUCAUCCAAUCAGAAGAUCACAGGUGCAAUAGAAGAGAAUCAGAUUUCCUUUUAAAAAGAUCGUAUUCGUUCGGAUUUGAGCGAAGUAUUCCAUCAGAGAGACUUGUAAUGGAGCCAGCAACGACGCCGUACCACCACCAUCAACGGCGGAGUUUCUUCUGGACAAAACGACCAUCAUCAACGCCGUUUAGGUCAAUAGCAAAAUCUCGAGUAUUCUCUUUCCGACGAACAAUAAAAUCUCCAGCAUUUUUCCGACGACGGAGUUUUUUUCCGAUGUCAGAAUCUUCAGCAAGCUUACGGUACGCCAGCCACGGUGAAUCUUCUAGAAGAAUGAAACCUUUACCUUUCGCGUCACCGUUGUUUGGAAGACCGGGGAAUGGAAUAUUUUCGUCAAGUAGAAUGAGAUUGGGUGAUCCUGAAGCGUUGAUUUCACCGGAAAGGUAUAACAAUAGAUUAGACGAUAGGAGAUUAUGACACGUGGAUGACAAAUCAGUCGUUGGAUUAGAGCGGGAAUACGAACGGUGGUGAUGGAGGAAGGGAGUAAAUGUGGUGGGGUUUUGAGGUGGUGUAAAUAUAAUAAAGGUAAGAAAAUUAAUGGGAGGUUGUGUCAACUGUCUAGUGCAUUAAUGGUAGAAAUUGACGAAACAGAGAAAUUAAGGGAUUGCUAGAUCGAUAGAGAGAAAAAAUCCACCAAAUUGACUAAGAUGCUUUAUUUUAUUGUGGAUGUCAGUUUAUUUAAUUAGUACUCCUAAAACAUAGUAUAAAUAUAUCAUUAUUUUGUAUAAGCUUAUUUUUUUACAUCCUCGAUCUUUAAGACGAGGAUGUAGUAAAAUGAGUCGAACAGAUAAUGUUUUUAUAAUUUUUUUAUUAAUUUAAUUUCGAUUUUGUGAAAGUAAUGAAUUAUAAGAGGGAUAGGUUUAGGAUAUACUAAGAGUCUUGGUAUGUAUUUUUGUUUUUAUGGAAGUGAUGUUGGUUAGAAAUUAGGGAAAUGAUCCUUUAAUGCAAGGAAAUUGAGUACUAUAUUGUGAAGAAAAAGGUUUUGUUCUCUUUUGUUGUGUAUAUACUUGAAAUAUGAAACAUGGUGUAGAUUUGUAAAAUAAUUUUAGUAUGUUGGGCAUAUUUUGGUGAUCUUGGACUAUUCUUUUGUAUGGUUUUGUUUUGGCCAAUUUGUAUUGUUUUUGACCUUAGUGAUUUGCUUUUACAAGUAGUACUACUCAAGAUUAGAAAAUAAAAAAGAUUUUGAAUCGGAAAUUUUAUGUCUAUUAUAUAUUAUCUAAUAUAAUCUAUGUUUACUUAGCUUCUCAGGGAGAAUGGUAAUUAGAAUAGAAAUUUAUUUAUUUGUUAAAAAAAAAGCUAAAAAUAAAAAAUAAAAAACUAAUAAAAGGCGCAAACAACAAGUAUCAAACCUAAGUCUCAACUCUCAAGCGUGAUGUUGUAACAAUAAAGCCAACUCUGUAUCUCUAUUCUCUAUUUUUGUACUAUUAGUUUUCUAUAAAAUUCAUGGGAUGAUUAGUGUUUAUUCGAAUACUUCUUAUUCCGCCACUGUGCUUAUAUGCAAAUUUUAGGAGUGUUUAGUCCAAAGCUAAGGAAAUUUUUUUCUUUAAAAGAAUUUUUCUUGACAAAACUACUUUCUAACAGAAAAUAAAAAUAAUAAUUAAUUAAUUUUAAAAAUGUCAAAUAUAUAAGACCGUGAAAACUAUCCUAAGCCAAAAAGCCUUGAUCAAUCAAAUAAACUCU